AUGAUUGUAUCGGGUUUUACCGGUAUGAUCAAACAUUGGUGGGACAAUUAUGUCUCCGAAACGGAAAAGAACCUCAUCUAUAAUGCCACGGUUUCUGAACCAGUGGCCAGAACAGUCGAUGGUCAAGAAACCAUAGUUCAAGAAGCACAAGAAGACGCUUGUGCAACCCUUCUCUAUCAUAUAGCUAGACACUUUGUAGGAGAACCUAUACUCUUCCAGGAUAGGAGCUUAGAAAUCCUCAAUAACCUCCGAUGCAAAAAUCUAGCCGAUUUCAGGUGGUAUAAGGACACCUUUCUGGUCAAGGUUAUGAUCAGACCUGACUGCAAUAAUGACUUCUGGAAGGAACGAUUUAUCAGCGGUCUUCCUCCUCUUUUUGCCGAUAAAGUCCGAACCAAACUUAAGGAUAGAUUUGAGGGUCAAAUUCCUUAUGACAUCCUUACCUAUGGAGACUUAGUCAGCUUCAUCACCACUACGGGUAUAGAACUCUGCACAGAUCUCAAGCUUAAGCAGCAAAUUAAGCAAAACAGUAAAUAUGGUCUGACAACCUUCUGUCACGACUACGGUUUUACUGAUCUUCAUGACGGGAAAAGGCAUAAAAAGAUGUCUUCUAAGCGUCAUAAAAAAUCUUACCCCAAGAAAAAGACUUCCUAUAGGGGAUCAAAUUCCUAUAAGGAGUCAUAUAAGCCUCGUCGAAAAACUCGACGCAAGGCAGCCGCAAAGUCCAAAGAUACUUGCUGGACUUGUGGCAAAACCGGCCAUAGAGCCAAAGAUUGUACCUCUGGCAAGAAAAAGAAGAUCAAUUCCCUUGAUAUACCAGAGGAAACUAAGGCAAAACUCUUCUCUAUUGUGGAAGAACUUUCUGAAGCCUCUGACUCUCAUUCCUCUUCCGAGAGUGAAUACAGCGACGAAGAUUACAUCAACGCCGCCUAUGAGUCUGAUAGCUCCCAAUCUGGGCAAGAUUGCGAAUGCAAUG